UAGAAUAAAAGCAUAAUUUACAUAAUUGCUAGCAUCGUUUUUUCUCAUGCUGCGAAUUGCCUUUAUUUUGCCGUUAUUUUUCUCGCCUUAUAUAGCUACAUUAAACUGGAAUUUGUGAUAUUGGAUAAUAUGUGGAACUAUAGAACAAAGUUCUCGCAAAAGGAAAAAUAGUAUCUAAUAAAGAGCAUUGUUGAAUGCUACUGAAGUGAAAGACACUAAAGUACUUCGAACACGCGCACGCGAACUUAUCAAAGAGGAAUGGAAUUUCUUGGAUAUCACUACUAUAAACUAUAUCGAAUCUGUCUACUGUCACUUGGUCUAUGGCCAUAUGGUGACUCAUACUUUAAGCAAAUUUACGCAAUUUUCUGUAUCUUUACGAUUCUAUUUUCAAUAAUUGCUCAGUUGUUGAAAAUAUUUACAAUGGAAUACAAUCUCGAGUUAGUGUUAACUGAUUUGUCAUUUGCUAUUCCUUUCAUAGCUUUUCUUUUAAAAUAUAGUACUUUUUAUAUACUAUCUCAAAAGAUUAAAGAAUUAAUGGAACAUAUUCAAAUUGAUUGGAAUGGGUUACAAAACGAAGGAGAAGUCGAAAUAAUACGGAAAUAUGCCAAAACCGCAAGAAACUACAUGUAUGCAGUUGUGGGCCUAACUUAUCCCAGUAUACUUCUUCUUAUUUACAUUUCAAUGCCAGAUAUUUUUGACGUUGCAGCAUUAAACAAAUCACAUAUACCAAAUCUUCCAUUCUUUGUAGAAUAUUUUCUUGAUGAACAAAAAUACUAUUAUCCCAUAUUAUUGCAUACAAUUGCAACGAUUACUAUCGGAGUUGUAACAAUUCUAGCUACAGAGACAUUGUUUUUUGCAUAUAUUUAUCAUGUUUGCGGCAUGUUUGAAAUAGUUAGUUACCGAAUAAUGUGUGCAUUAAAUAAAAGCAUAUUAUUAACAUUAAAUAAGGAAAAUACAAUUCGCGUCAAAUUAAUUGAUGCUAUAGAAAUUCAUCAGAGAACUUUCGAGUUUUUUGAAUAUUUAACAUCUACAUUUGCGUUAUCCUACUUCUUUCUAAGUGUUCUGGGCGUAGCUUCUUUGAGUAUAAAUUUAUUUUGUCUUUCUCAAGUUGCCAUUCUAACAAAUAAAAAAAAAGAUGUUGCACCAUUUGCGGUUUUUGUAAUCGGUCAUUUUUAUUAUUUGUUUAUCUGGAAUUAUAUGGGACACAAGGUUAUAGAUAGUAGUACAGAAAUUUUUAAAAAAGCAUAUGAAACACAGUGGUACACGGCGCCUGUGCAAAUGCAAAAAUUAUUAUUGUUCAUUAUGCAAAGAAGCAUGAAAUCUUGCAAAUUGGUUAUGGGUAACGUGUAUUAUGUGUCACUGGAACAAUUUACUUCGGUAACUUGUGACAUGGAUAUGACAAGAAAUCUUACUUCAUAUUUUUCUCAAAAUAAUAAAUUAAUUUUUUCAGCUUGCAAGCAUGUCGUUAUCUUACUUCACAGUACUUUAUUCUGUGCAGCAAUGAAAUUUGUAAAACGAAUGGAAACAUAGUGAGUGGUAUAGUUAUUUCUAUUCGAAGAUAAUAGCUACUUUUAACACAUUUUAUGCAAAUCAAGGAUCAAGCUGGAAAUUUAUAAUAGUUUAUAUGUUGCUCGAUAGAAUUUUGUUCUUUAUCUAUAUUGAAUACUAUUAAUAAAUAAUAAUUUGCACUCUC